AACAAUAUUUUUAUUCAUUUUGCUCCUCCAAAAACAAAAAGAGGGAAGCAAAGCAUUGUUAUAUUGUAUGGGCGGAGAGAGAGAGAGAGAGAGAUUGCAAGUGACUCUUGGGCAUUCAGAGAAGACCAAACCAAACCCUAGAUUUCUUUUCUGCUGAUUUCAGCAAUAAUUCAUUUUUUAUUUCGAUUUUCAGAUCCAAUUUGUACCUGGGAAAGAUUCAAAAUUUGUUCUCUCAAAGCUCUGAAAGAUCCUGCUCAAUUAUAGUCAUUCCAAGAGGCAAGGAAUCUUGGGUCUGGUUUAUAUUCUGAGAUUUGUCUAAGAAUUUUGAGUGGAUUGGGGAAACCCAAAUAGAAUUUAUUCAAGAUGAUGUCCAAAUCGUAUACCAAUCUUUUAGAUCUAGCUUCUGGAAACUUUCCAAUAAUGGGUCGGGAAAGAAGGCGACUUCCCCGUGUAAUGACCGUUGCCGGAGUUAUAUCAGAGCUUGAUGAUGAUCAGGCCAAUAGCGUGUCUUCGGAUGUUCCAUCCUCGAUUAUGCAGGACCGUAUAAUUAUAGUUGCCAAUCAGCUCCCUGUAAAAGCUAAGCGUAGACCUGACAAUAAAGGAUGGAGUUUUAGUUGGGACGAGGACUCAUUGCUAUUGCAGUUAAAGGAUGGUCUACCCGAAGAGAUGGAGGUUUUAUAUGUAGGUUCUUUGAAUGUUGAAGUGGAUUCAAAUGAGCAAGAUGAUGUAUCACAGCUCCUGUUGGAUAGGUUCAAGUGUGUUCCAGCCUUUUUGCCACCUGACAUUUUGUCCAAGUUCUAUCAUGGGUUUUGCAAGCAGCAUUUGUGGCCUUUGUUUCAUUACAUGCUUCCGUUCUCAGCAAAUCAUGGUGGGCGGUUUGAUCGGUCUUUGUGGGAGGCAUAUGUGGCUGCGAAUAAAAUUUUCUCGCAAAGGGUGAUCGAGGUAAUAAAUCCAGAGGAUGACUAUGUCUGGAUUCAUGAUUACCAUUUAAUGGUGCUGCCUACCUUCUUGAGGAGGAGGUUCAAUAGAUUGAGAAUGGGUUUUUUUCUUCACAGCCCAUUUCCUUCUUCAGAAAUAUAUAGAACUUUACCAGUUAGGGAAGAGAUUCUAAAAGCACUUCUAAAUUCGGACCUUAUUGGUUUCCACACUUUUGAUUAUGCUCGACAUUUCUUGUCUUGUUGUAGUCGGAUGUUGGGUUUGGAGUAUCAGUCAAAAAGGGGUUAUAUUGGGUUGGAUUAUUAUGGAAGGACAGUUGGGAUAAAGAUCAUGCCUGUUGGGAUUCACAUGGGGCAGAUUGAGUCAGUGUUGAGACUUGCGGAUAAGGAGUGGAGGGUAGGAGAGCUUAAACAACAGUUUGAAGGAAAGACUGUGCUGCUUGGUGUUGAUGAUAUGGAUAUCUUUAAAGGUGUCAACUUGAAGCUCUUGGCAAUGGAGCAGAUGCUGAAGCAGCACCCAAAGUGGCAGGGAAGAGCAGUUCUGGUACAGAUAGCAAAUCCUGCUAGGGGAAGAGGAAAAGAUCUUGAGGAAACACAGGCUGAAAUACAGGCAAGCAUCAAAAGAAUUAAUGAAAAAUUUGGUCAGCCUGGUUAUGAACCUAUUGUAUUCAUCGAUAGACCAGUCUCUCUUAGUGAACGAGUUGCAUAUUACACCAUUGCUGAGUGUGUAGUGGUUACGGCUGUGAGAGAUGGGAUGAAUCUUAUUCCAUAUGAGUACAUUGUGUGCAGGCAAGGAAAUUCUGUAUCAGAUUCUAAUUCAGAAUUCAGUGGACCCAAGAAGAGCAUGCUCAUAGUAUCCGAGUUUAUUGGAUGUUCCCCUUCACUGAGUGGUGCAAUUCGGGUUAACCCAUGGAAUAUUGAAUCAACGGCUGAGGCUAUGAACGAGGCAAUUUCAAUGGUUGAACCUGAAAAGCAGUUGCGCCAUGAAAAGCAUUAUAGGUAUGUUAGUACACAUGAUGUGGCAUACUGGUCACGAAGCGUUUUCCAAGAUAUGGAGAGAACAUGCAAAGACCAUUUCAGAAGACGUUGCUGGGGUAUUGGUUUGGGCUUUGGUUUCAGGGUUAUAGCACUUGAUCCUAACUUCAGAAAGCUGUCUAUUGAUGCCAUUCAGUCUGCUUAUUUGAGAUCUAAACGUAGGGCUAUACUGUUAGAUUAUGAUGGUACUGUGAUGCCUCAAACAUCUAUAAAUAAGAGCCCAAGCCAAGAGGUCAUCUCUCUCAUAAAUACACUUUGUGGUGAUGUUAAAAACACUGUUUUUGUGGUCAGCGGAAGAGGGAGGGAUAGUUUAAGCAAGUGGUUUUCUCCUUGCAAGAAACUUGGAAUUGCUGCUGAACAUGGUUAUUUUGUGAGGUGGUCUGCGGACAAGGAUUGGGAAAUUUGUGGGCAGAGCAAUGAUUUUGGAUGGAUACAGAUAGCAGAACCAGUUAUGAAACUCUACACAGAAGCCACUGAUGGUUCUUCCAUUGAAACCAAGGAGAGUGCCUUGGUUUGGCACCAUCGAGAUGCAGAUCCUGGUUUUGGAUCCAGCCAGGCUAAAGAGUUGUUGGACCAUCUAGAAAGUGUGCUAGCAAAUGAACCAGUUGCUGCCAAGAGUGGUCAGUAUAUCGUAGAAGUAAAGCCACAGGGAGUCAGUAAAGGCGUGGUCGCAGAAAAGAUCUUCACAUCAAUGCACGAGACUGGAAAGCCGGCUGAUUUUGUACUGUGCGUUGGUGACGAUAGAUCUGAUGAGGAUAUGUUUGAGAUUAUUGGCAAUGCAAUGACAAAUGGUGUCCUCUCCUCUAAUACCAGUGUUUUUGCAUGCACUGUUGGACAGAAACCCAGUAAAGCAAAGUACUACUUGGAUGACCCUAGUGAUGUCAUAACAAUGCUUGACGCUCUUGCAGAAGCUUCAGACUCUCCGCCCUCCUCAGAUGGUGAACCAGCUUCCCCGUGAAAUCUUCCUCCAUGACUUUGUUAGACUCCAGUGUCUUCUUCUUUAAGCCGAUGAUGAUGAAUCACAUGCUGGACCUUGAUUGAAAGAAACAAAUCAUUUUCAGCUCUUUGGAUGUGAAUUGUUGGAGGAACGACUUCAUGACCUUUUUGACUGAUGAUUUGCGGCCAGUUCAAAAACAUCGGGAGCUCUGAUUUCUUCUGUGAUAUAAACCAUCAAUGCAGAACGUGGAUUAUAGUGGGGGCUUGGUGAAAAACAGAACUUAAAUCAGCUCAUACUGAGGACUUGAUGGAACCAACAAUGUGACAUGAACAAAUUCAAUUGUUACAUAAUCCGGAGAUUGACAAGUCUGAUGAAGGGGUGCAAGCCACGUGUAUUCUAGAAACAUUAA